AUUCCGUAUUAUACACAGAGAAUUACAACGCCCAGUGGAUACCUGCUAGUUGGAAACACAAUAUGACAGGAGAACUCAUCUUCAUUCCCAUGCCCAGCCUCAGCCACAUCGCCUCAACCAUGGAGAUCGCCAAGCUCCUUGUUCAUCGUGACGACCGUCUCUCCAUCACAGUUCUCCUCAUUAGUUCCCAAUAUACCACCUCUAUCACCACCUACAUCAACUCCUUAAUUGCUUCUUCUGACUAUGACCGCAUCCGCUUCAUCCACCUCCCUGAGUUGGACUCAGAAGAGGAACCCAAAAGGCCUUUUAUGUCUGUCAUUGAUGACAACAAGCCUAUCGUCAAAGAAGCAGUCACCAAUCUAGCUCUCUCUUUUGACCCCUCUCAUCGUCUUGCUGGUUUCGUCAUCGACAUGUUCUGCGUCGGCAUGAUCGAGGUCGCAGAUGAACUUGGCCUGCCCUCCUACCCGUUUUUCACGUCGAGCACUUCCUUUCUCGCGCUUCAAUUCCAUGUCCAAACCCUCGCCGACGAAGAAGAGGUCGACAUUACUGAGUUUAAGAACUCGGACGUUAUGUUACCCAUACCCGGUUUGGUUAACCCACUUCCGGCCAAGACCAUCUUGCCUUCCGCCAUGUUAAACAAGGAUUGGCUUCCUUACGUCCUGAACGGAGCAAGAGGGUUUAGAAAAACAAAGGGUAUUAUGGUAAACUCGUUUGCUGAGAUAGAAUCCAAUGCGGUGACCUCGCUCAGUAAUAGCACUGUCCCUCCUGUCUACACCGUUGGACCCAUAAUCAAUUUCAAGGGCGACGGUCAAGAUUCAGACACGUGUACGGCCCAUAAAUAUUCUAACAUCAUGACGUGGCUCGACGAUCAACCCCCAUCAUCAGUUUUGUUCCUGUGCUUCGGGAGCUUGGGAAGCUUCGAUGAGGAGCAGGUUAAGGAGAUCGCACGCGCUCUCGAGGGAAGUGGCCAUCGAUUCCUGUGGUCCCUACGUCGUCCUCCGCCCAAGGAUAAAACGAUGUCGUUCCCCACUGAGUACGAGAACUUUGAGGAAGUUUUACCGGAAGGAUUUGUGGAUCGAACCGUCGGAAUGGGGAAGGUCAUGGGGUGGGCCCCACAAGUGGCGGUGCUCGCUCAUCCGUCGAUCGGAGGAUUUGUUACCCAUUGCGGGUGGAACUCUAUACUGGAGAGCGUGUGGUUUGGGGUGCCGAUGGCGGCAUGGCCGCUGUACGCAGAGCAGCAAUUCAAUGCAUUUCACAUGGUGGUGGAGCUGGGACUGGCGGUGGAAAUCAAAAUGGAUUACAGGAAGGAUUAUGCAAUAUUGGGCUUACAGGAGGAGAGGGUGAGUGCGGAAGUGAUAGAGAAAGGGAUUAGGUGUUUGAUGGAGGAGGAUAACGAUGCGAGGAAGAAGGUGAAGGAGAUGAGUGAGAUCAGCAGAAAGGCCUUGAUGGAUGGUGGGUCCUCACACGCUGUAUUGGGCCAGUUUAUUGAAGAUGUGAUGAAUAACAUCUCAGCUUAAAGCUUUUCUAGUUCUUCUCCAACUGUCCAUCUUGGGCCAUUUCUCUUUUGCUUGAAUAUUAUAUUGUAUAAAAUUUUAAAAGAUAUAUUUUCUAAUUUUGGUGUGUUAAAUUAAACGUAUUUAAUUCA